AUGAUGAUAUUCUGCAAGUCGGACCCCAAAAGCUGUAAGGAACUUAUCUCUAUCCUUCAGAAAUAUGAGUCAGCAUUUGGUCAAAAAAUAAAUAGACAAAAGUCAGCAAUCACCUUCUCAGCAAAGACUAUAAGCUCAGUGAAGCAACAAGUAAAGAAUGCUUUGGGGAUUCAACAAGAAGAAGGUACCGGGGAAUACUUGGGCUUACCUGAGCAUUUUGGCAGCACGAAAAAAAAACCUGUUCAGUCAAAUAGUCGACAGAGUAAAGCAGAAAGCACAAAGUUGGUCCACAAAACAUUUGUCGCCUGCGGGAAAGAUGACCAUGCUCAAGUCAGUCUUGGCAGCUACGCCAACGUAUACCAUGAUGUGCUUCAAACUACCGGUCUCACUCACAAAGAGAAUUCAAUCUGCUUUAACAAGAUUCUGGUGGGACAAGAAUGA